AUGUGGCGGCUACUUCUCCUGCCAGGUUUGUCAUUUGCCUUACAGGUUCAUGACGCAAGCGGAGCACCAGAAUGCUCUCGGCAUCCGCCUGGGAAACACGUUGUCAAAUUGCCAGAAGUGCAGAGGCAAUUUCUUUUGGUUGUGCCACAGGAGUACACACCAGUGCAAGCUUCUGGCAUACCCUUGGUGUUAGUGUUUCAUGGUUUUGGAGAUUCACCGUGGUACUCCAACCUGCUGAUGGACUUCAAUCAACAUAUUGAUCGAUACGGCUGGUUGGGAAUUCUCCCCUUUGGCCUCAACGAGACUGGAACGAAUGGCUUGAGUGGAGAAGGUGCCUGCUGUUCAUCAGAGUGCCAGGGCGAGUGCUGCACGAAAGCCCAAGCCUUGAACAAAAAGGAUUCAACAGCGUGUGGCUGGAGAGAUCCUGAACGUGACACGAAGUUUGUCGAGGCCAUACUAAAGUGGGCGGUUCAAAAUUCCUGUGCUGAUCCUGACAAGGUCUUUGCAGCCGGUUUCAGCAUGGGCGGCAUGUUUGUCAACUAUUUGGCAUGUCAUGCCAGCCACCUCAUCCGGGGCUUUGCCCCUGUUUCUGGCAAUGUUCUCCCAAUAGGCUGCCAGAUUUCAAGACCAAUCUCUUACAUAGGCAUGUGCGGAAGCCAGGAUACGAUUGCACACUGCCAAGAUACGUUGGAGAUCACAGCAUCUAGCUUGUCUAAGAUGAAUCGCUGUUCUGGUGCAGGACCAGACGGCGCUGCCAUCACAUUCGCGAGAUCUGCCACAACAUCUUGCAAAGCUUGGGAUGUUUGCCCUAAGCACAACUUUGUGGAGCUUUGCAUGACAGAAGGGCUUGCACAUGAUGUCAGCGGACAUUUACGACCAGAUGAUACAAGCUGGAUACGGCCUGGAAGUGAUUUGGACAUUACAGAAUACUUUUUUCAGAAGUUCUCGCUGCUUGUGAACGGCAGCAUGCUGUUUUGGGGUAAACCUACGGCAAAGGAAAUUGACUACAAGUAUUCGAGAUGGCCUUACCCAAAACAAUAUGAUCAUCCUUACAUCCGCAAUGGCUCCGUGGGCCACUAG